UCUAAAUACAUAUUGAUUUUGGUUUUGGUGGACUGUAUCUUAAUUUCGCACAGUAAAAAGCCGUAAUAAUGGCAACAGCAGCAAAAUCGGGGCCCCAAGAUAUGCCUCCUAAAGGAGGAUAUGCACCAUAUCAAAUUGAAAGAAUUCCAUUACGUACUGUAAUCGGAGGUCGCGCUGGUAUAGCUAUUUUUCUUACUGCAACAAUUAGUGGGUAUUACUUAUAUACUUUGGAGCAUAAACGCGUAAAAAAAAACGAACUUGAAAUGAGAAGUGCCCGCUUAGCUUUAAUGCCAAUGUUGACUGCAGAAAGAGAUAGAGCACUUCUGAAACAUAUGAGACGCAUGCGAGAUGAAGAAGCUUCCGUAAUGAAGGAUUUCCCAGGCUGGCAAGUUGGACGUUUCUUUGAAGAGCCAAUAUUUUGGACAGUGGCAGAAGAUGAAUUCAUUGAGCCCACCUUCGAUGAGCGUAUGACUUAUGCGGACCCUAAAGUUGCAGACAUACGCAAUGAACGUGUCUUCUGGACGUAAAUUUGUGCUCGUACAAUUAGAUGAAAGAUAUAUUGUAAGAUAUAGGUAAUGCAAAUAAUAAAAUAUUAUUAUAAACAUAU